UUUGGAUAUGUUCGGAUUUUUACCAAAAUUGUAAACACGUGAAAAUCAAAAUAAAGUAAAUAAAAAUGGCAUCCGAAGCCCCAGAAAAGGAAAAAAUCAUCAAAAGUGUGCCCAAAACUUCCAAUGAAAAACGUUUAAUCAUCAUAUUAGAAAAAUCCUCUCUUGAGUCUGUAAAGGUUGGCAAAACCUUUGAACUCCUCAACUGUGACAAACACAAAAGUAUUGCAAAGAAGUUUAAAAGAGAUAUUGCAACAUGUCGACCAGAUAUCACCCAUCAGUGUUUGUUGAUGUUACUUGACAGUCCAUUAAACAGAGCUGGUUUGCUACAAGUUUAUAUACACACAGAGAAAAAUGUUCUCAUAGAGGUCAACCCACAGACAAGAAUACCAAGAACUUUCGACAGAUUUUGUGGACUUAUGGUUCAGUUACUUCACAAGCUCAGUAUACAUGCAGCAGACGGACCUCAAAAACUGUUAAAGGUUAUAAAGAAUCCAGUGACAGAUCAUCUUCCUAUAGGAUGUAAAAAGAUCGGCAUGUCAUUUAAAGCAGAGCAGUGUGUAGAUCCAAGAACGUUAGUUCCUGCUGAUGAACCUAUAGUGUUAGUGGUAGGAGCUAUGGCACAUGGUAGUAUUGAUGCAGACUAUACAGAGGAAGAAUACUCUAUCAGCAAUUACCCACUGUCAGCUGCAUUGACUUGUGCAAAACUUUGUAAUGCUUUUGAAGAGAAAUGGGGUGUCAUGUGAUCAAAUUUUAUGUUAAUGUAUUAUUAUACUAUUAUUAAAGAAUGUAAAACAUUA